CGAGCCGUCCCGGCCCGGAUGGUCUCCCCGGCCCUCGGGGACCAUGACCUCUCCCUUGGACCCCGGCACUAAAGAGGCUUUGAGGAAGAAGCCCCCCGAGAGGACGCAGGAGGACUUAAAUAUUAUUUAUUCUUAUCUUCAUGGAAUGGAGAUAUUAUCACAUCUCAGGGAACACCAGCUAAGGUUAAUAUCUACAAGAGCCCGAUAUGAAAGAUACAAUACCAAUCAAGUUCUUUUUUGCUCUGAAACAAUUGCCCGGGGUUGGUAUAUUCUUCUCUCUGGAUCUGUGCUUAUGAAGGACUCCAUGCGUCUCCCACCUUGCAGUUUUGGAAAGCAGUCUGGAGGAAAAAGAGGAUGCAAAUGUCUUGUAUUAGAACCAUCAGAAAUUAUUGUGGUAGAGAAUGCCAAAGAUAAUGAAGAGAACAUCCUGCAGAGAGAAAUUCCCGCCAGACAAUCUCGACGGAGAUUUAGGAAAAUUAACCACAAGGGAGAACGCCAGACCAUCACGGAUAAUGUUGAUGCUAAUAGCUACCUUUCACUUCCAGCAGACCUUACCAAGAUGCACCUGUCAGACAAUCCUCAUCCACAGGUGACCCAUGUCCCUUCUAGUCAAUCUGGAUGCAGCAUUGCUAGUGACUCUGGAAGCAGCAGUUUGUCUGAUAUCUACCAGGCAACCGAAAGCGAGAUGGGAGAUAUGGAUUUGACAGGUCUCCCAGAAGCCCCUGUUGAUUCUGAGGAUGAAGAGGAGGAAGAUGAGGAGAUUGACCGAACUUCAGAUCCACUAUUGGGUCGAGAUGUCGUUCGAGAAUGCCUUGAAAAAGAACCUGCAGACAAAACUGAUGAUGACAUUGAACAAUUACUAGAAUUUAUGCACCAACUCCCCGCCUUUGCAAAUAUGACCAUGUCUGUAAGACGAGAGCUGUGCUCAGUGAUGAUCUUUGAAGUGGUCGAGCAAGCCGGAGCCACCAUCUUGGAACAUGGGCAAGAACUUGAUUCUUGGUAUGUGAUUUUAAAUGGCACUGUAGAGAUCAGUCACCCAGAUGGAAAAAGUGAAAGUCUUUGCAUGGGAAAUAGCUUUGGAAUUACUCCCUCCUUGGAUAAGCAGUAUAUGAAUGGAGUCGUUAGAACCAAAGUAGAUGAUUGUCAGUUUGUAUGCAUAGCCCAGCAGGACUACUGGAGAAUCUUAAACCAUGUGGAAAAAAACACCCAUAAAGUAGAGGAAGAAGGUGAAAUUGUUAUGGUACAGGAGCACAGAGAGCUAGAUCGCAGUGGAACCAGAAAAGGGCACAUAGUCAUUAAGGCAACACCAGAACGGCUCAUCAUGCACUUAAUAGAAGAACAUUCUAUUGUGGAUCCAACUUACAUAGAAGAUUUCUUGUUGACAUACAGGACGUUUCUCACGAGUCCCUUGGAAGUUGGGGACAAACUCCUGGAGUGGUUUAAACUUGACAGUUUAAGGGACAAGGUUACUCGGGUAGUGUUGUUGUGGGUCAACAAUCAUUUCAAUGAUUUUGAAGGAGAUCCAGCAAUGACUCGGUUUCUGGAGGAAUUUGAAAAGCAUCUGGAAGAUACAAAAAUGAAGGGACACCUUCGGUUGUUGAACAUCGCCUGUGCUGCAAAGGCGAAGUGGAGGCAGAUUAUCUUGCAGAAGCCUUCCAGGGAAUCACCGCUCCUUUUCAGCCUGAAUGGAGGCAGUGAGAAGGGGUUUGGGAUUUUUGUGGAAGGAGUAGAUUCAGGCAGCAAAGCUGCAGAGGCUGGACUGAAACGUGGUGAUCAGAUAAUGGAAGUAAAUGGACAAAACUUUGAAAAUAUCACAUUUGCAAAAGCUCUUGAAAUACUGAGGAAUAAUACUCAUCUCUCUCUCACAGUAAAAACCAACAUUUUUGUGUUCAAAGAACUUCUUAGUAGGACGGAACAACAGAAAAAUGGUGUUCCUCAUAUUCCUAAAAUUGCUGAAAAGAAAAGUAAUCGUUACUCAAUCCCAGAUAUGUCUGGCGAGAUGGAACAGAUGUUUCCACGGGAGAAAGGAAACAAGAAAAUUAAAGCAAACACUGUAUCAGGAGGAAGAAACAAAAUCAGGAAAAUUUUGGACAAGACACGAUUUAGCAUCCUGCCUCCAAAGCUGUUUAGCGAUGGUAGCGUGAGUCAGUCGCAAGAUGACAGCAUUGUUGGAACGAGGCAAUGUAGGCACAGUCUAGCUAUAAUGCCUAUUCCUGGAACUCUCUCGUCAAGCAGCCCUGAUCUCCUGCAGCCCACCACCAGCAUGUUGGAUUUUUCCAACCCAUCAGCUGUUGGUUUUUACUACAUUCCAGAUCAAGUUAUAAGAGUUUUCAAAGCAGAUCAACAAAGCUGCUAUAUUAUCAUUAGUAAGGACACUACAGCCAAAGAGGUCGUUUGUCAUUCGGUGCAUGAGUUCAGUUUGACUGGAUCCCCUGAGAAUUAUUCUCUCUGUGAAGUUUCUGUUAGUCCUGAAGGAGUCAUAAAGCAGAGAAGACUUCCAGACCAAUUUUCCAAAUUAGCAGAUAGAAUUCAACUGAAUGGAAGGUAUUAUCUCAAAAAUAACAUGGAAACAGAGACCUUAUGCUCAGAUGAGGAUGCACAAGAGUUACUUAGAGAAAGCCAUAUCUCCCUUUUGCAACUUAGCACCAUUGAAGUGGCAACCCAGCUAUCAAUGAGAGACUUUGAUUUGUUUCGCAACAUUGAACCUACUGAAUACAUUGAUGACCUUUAUAAGUUGGACUCCAAAACAGGAAAUGCUCACUUGAAAGAAUUUGAGGACAUAAUUAACCAAGAAACAUUUUGGGUGGCCACAGAAAUUUUGGUCGAACCCAAUCAGCUCAAAAGGAUGAAGAUCGUUAAGCAUUUUAUUAAGAUUGCUCUUCAUUGUCGAGAGUGCAAGAAUUUCAAUUCCAUGUUUGCAGUCAUAAGUGGCUUGAAUUUGGCACCCGUUGCACGACUCAGAGGAACCUGGGAAAAGUUACCAAGCAAAUAUGAAAAACACUUCAGAGACCUUCAAGAUCUUUUUGAUCCAUCUAGAAAUAUGGCCAAGUACCGAAAUAUUCUUAGUAGUCAAAGCAUGCAACCUCCCAUUAUUCCACUCUUCCCAGUUGUCAAGAAGGAUAUCACAUUUUUACAUGAAGGAAAUGAUUCAAAAGUGGAUGGUUUAGUAAAUUUUGAGAAACUCAGAAUGAUUGCCAAGGAAAUCCGUCAAGUUAUCCGUAUGACCUCUGCUAACAUGGACCCAGCUGUAAUGUUUCGGCAAAGGAAGAAGAGGUGGAGGAGUUUGGGGUCCCUGAGCCAAGGCAGCACCAAUUCAAACAUGCUUGAUGUUCAGGGAGGGGCUCACAAAAAACGCGCUCGCCGCAGUUCCCUGCUCAAUGCCAAGAAGCUUUACGAAGAUGCCCAAAUGGCCAGGAAAGUGAAACAAUACCUCUCCAAUCUGAACGUGGAGACUGACGAGGAAAGGUUUCAGAUAAUGUCGUUACAGUGUGAGCCCGCAUAUAGCACUUUGACCAAAAAUUUAAGUGAGAGAAGAACAGCAAAAUCAUCAGAAAUGUCUCCAGUGCCCCUGAGAUCAGUUGGCCAAACCACAAAAGUCCAUCUGCAUCAACAAAACAGAGUGAGCCAAGUGCUGCAAGUUCCAGCUGUUAAUUUAUACCCCAUCCGGAAAAAAGGCCAAGGGAAAGACCAUAUUACAUUUAGCACCAGUUCCCAAAAGCUUCAAGGAACUUCUGAAGAAGUGAUCAACAAAAAAACAGCCGAAGACACGAUAUCAGUGGCCUCAUCUUUGCAUUCUAGUCCUCCUGCAUCCCCUCAAGGCUCUCCCCGCAAAGUGGGCAAUGUCAGAUCUGAUAAUGGCAGCCAGAUGAACCUUUCGGGGUUGUCUUCUCCGCUUACUAGUGAUACCAGCUUCAAGAACAGUGGACAGCGCAGCUACGGAAUAGGCUUCGCCCUUAUACCAUCCGUCAAGUCGGAUAACUUCUCUGACUCGAGCCACAGUGAGAUCUCCUCCAGGUCCAGCAUCGUGAGUAACUGUUCUGUCGACUCCAUGUCCGCAGCCCUGCAGGACGAGCGGGGCUAUCCUCAUGCUCCCAGUGCCCCGGACCCAACGGGCAAUGCAGAGAGGAAAGACUAUCCACCAGCGGCGGUGGACUGUGGCCACCACGGCCCUGGGUGGUCCCUCUCCAGGCCUCCCACACUGCGAGGCUUGGCUGUUGUGCCUUCCAUGAGCAAUGAAGAGAUUUCCCACGAACACAUCACCAUAGAAGCUGCCGACAGCGGGCGGGGAAGCUGGACUUCGUGCUCCAGUAGCUCUCACGACAACUUCCAGAACCUUCAGAACCAGAAGAGCUGGGAUCUCUUGAACGCCUACCGUCACACGCACUUAGAUGGCCCCAUUGCCGAGGUGGAACCCUCCAACUGUUGCACUGAAGAUCCCCGUCUGUCUCCUGGAGGCUCUUCCCGAACAAACCGGAAGCCCAGAGACGGGGAGGUGCUUGAUCAGUCCCGGCAGAGCUGGGCAUCCUCAAGCUCCCUGUCGGACACGUACGAGACGAAUUACGGGACGAUUAAACGGAAAGCAUUGGAGAACUCGACAGCGGAGCGGCCGGAAGGUCUGAACUCUAAAUUGGGGAUUGAGGCUGUUUAUAAAACCGUUACUUCAAGCACAGAAAAGGGCUUGAUAGUGUACUGUGUCACCUCACCUAAGAAGGACGAUAGGUAUAGGGAGCCACCUCCCACCCCUCCGGGAUACAUGGGGAUCUCUUUAGCGGACAUAAAGGAAGGACCGCCCCACCACCCGCACUUAAAACCUCCAGACUAUAGCGUGGCAGUGCAGAGGUCAAAGAUGGUACAUAGCGACCUCUCUAGACUCUCAUCAGCUUCUCUCGGUAGCGAACCCGUGACCUGUGGGCCAUCGAAGAUCCUAACUCAGCCUCAGUGGCAUAACCUGCAACCGCCCCAUCCUAAAGUAGCAGAUCUGCCUGCUGCAGAUAGUGAAGCAGACGAUGGCGAGCAAGUUUCGGCUGUGUAAUUAUUGGGUAAAGUUGUCUUGCGGACCACUUCAGACCACCAGGGCGUUCAAAGAAGGACCGUACGAUCCUAUUGGCGAACGCUGACAGCUUGCUGCUACUAACCUCAGAAGCUGUAUUGCCUGUGGCGUGAGCAACGAGGUGAAUCGUGUUUUGUCACGUUUAGUCUCAGCAACCAAGAAAGCCCAUUUUAGUCCUAAUCCAGCAUCCUGAUCCGAGGUUCACCGCCUCCACACUGACGAUAAAGCCGUCUGCAGAGUCAUCUGCAAGCUAGGACCUCCCCUCGAAACACCGACCGGUUAGGCUGAAGAGCAUAGCUAGAGUUUUCCAUCCGUGCUUUUAAAUUGUCAUUAGGAUUUUUCCAAUAAGAAUAUUCUUUAUGCGCUCAUGGACAAAUUUAAAACUUCAGCAGAAAGCUAAGGACAUGGCAGUGGGGUGUUAAAAGAUAAUUUUUCAAUCAACUGGGCGUUUGUCAUGAGAUUUUUCUUUUUGUCGAGAGAUUUUUCUUUUCUUUGUGUUUGAGUGUUCUGAUUGGCUGAUGUGUGCUUUGCCAGGAAAUAAAGCUCGAUGUCAUGUAAAUCAUCUUUGACGAAAGGGUCAAGGUUUAACAUAGGUAUGUUUUUUUAAAAAAGGGGGGAAUGUACUUGAGUGCAAAAUUAAUGUUUUUAGCAUGGUUUGGAUUUUUGGAAAGUUUGCUGUAGGGCUGAAGUGAAAUACACCAUUUUGGAUGAAAGGUUGUAUGUGGAGUGAUGGAAUACUGCCACCUUCUGCCUGUCUGGGAAAGCAGGCAAAGACAACAACUUUGCCUUUUGUUCAGCCUGUGAAGAAAUGAACUAGUGGGGAGAGAUUUCUAAAUUCAUAGGUAUGAAAUAUUGCUUGUAAAAUGAAUUUCAUUUGUAUUAUUUAACAGAAUUAAAUCAUUCCCCCAGGGAAAAUCCUACAAUAGCAUGUCAGUUGAAUUUGUGAAGCUAAAUUAUAAAACCAGUAAACUUGGUGUGGGAUUAUAGCUAGUCUCACAUCCCUGGUCCUGAAACUGGAAAUUUUAUUACUCAGUAAGAGUGGAUUUUUGUGUUUGUUUUUUAAAAUACACCUAAUCCCUUGGCAGUGGGGUAACUAUUUGAACGUGUACAGUGUAUUCACUUGAACAUACAGAACAAUUGCCAUUGUCCACAUUUUUGUGUGUUGCGCAUAUGGUAAAUAUGGCCCAGUUGCAUGAUUGCCUGCUUAAACUGUGCUUUCCCAACCCCACUUUUUCCUUCCCGGUUUAGCACUCGAGAUGAUCCAUUCUAAUGUUCUAAAAGGUCAUGAAUCUGUUUUUAUGUAUUUUAACAUUUAAUUGUACAUGUUAAUGAUCAUGUUUACAGGAGAAGCCAGAAGAUUUUUCUAAUUUUUACAGCCUCGGGGGAGCUUUCGAUGUCUUUAACUAUCUUUUAAAGUCUAUUUUAUAUUAUUUCAGUUCUGUGAUGUGCCAAAGAAAGAGCACUCAAAAUGCUAUUUGGCACAUCUGAUCACCAACGCACUCAUGUGUGUUACCUAGAUCAAUGCUGUUCAGGCAUUGGCUCCUGAAAGAAUCUUUUCCUCAAAACCACCUCUGAGUGUGUACACAUUGGUUUCUGGCUAGGUUUCCUCUCCCUCUCUUUCCUGCACCCUUAAUUAUUCCAUCUGGAAAUUACCAAUUAGAAAAGUGGUCUAUGGAAGGCCUACUCAUGGUUUGCUAGGAAUUGGAAGGUGAGUAGGGAAGAAAUCCACUGGCUUGUGUGUAUCUCAGUUAUGGUGGGUGCCACCAGAAGACUCAACCCAAUAACUUUGGGGGCACUUGGUAAUUUUUAAAACGAUCCAGAGGCUAACUCGCAUCUCGAAGACCUUACGGUCAUCAAGGGACAUAAAAAGGAGUAGUUUUUAACCAGAAAAUGAUGUAUAUAUAUUUUGCCUGAAAAAUGAAAUGUUUUUAGGUUUAACGUCCAACCUAUAACAUAGAUUUGUCCUUCCCUUCCUCCAAUAAAGCAAAGGGGUAUAUGGAUGUGGUCUACCUACAUCCAAAUCUGGCAUCCAUUUAUCCAACCAGCUGUUUGAAACGGAUUUCCCUGGGAAGCUCGGUGUCCGCCCAUCAUCAGCUUCUCUGACAGGAUAUCUAGAAGUUCAUGAAACUCCUGCCGAUCUCCUUUUACCCUUCUUAAGGCAUUUAGUGUAAAUAAAAUGAUGCUUUGAGGACUGACCCGAAUUUUGCUGCUUCUGACAUGCACGGAAUGUUUCGAGUCCGCUUGUCCUGGCCGUGGUUUCCACUGGUUGGGACCAACUGAUCACAUUGAUCAGGGACAACGUCCAGAUGUCGUGAUUUUUGUACAGUCUGAAGAGAUAAUAUCCCUUUUUGAUCUUGGACACCUUUUUAACUUAGUUUUCUAAUCCUGCCUCUUCUUGGUCUCCUAGCCACAGCAAAAAGCCAAAAAAAAAAAAACCCAACCAAAACCCUUGCUUAGCUCAUCCUGUGCUCCACAUCCCUGUCUGGCUUCCUUCACUUUUCACUUCUGUCAUUCAGCCCCUUGUCUUUGAAAGAGCCUCACCUCUCGCUGGCCUCCUUGUCUGUCAGAAACGUUUUAACACUAACCAUCUCAAUGCUCAAAACUGACAGGAGUAAAGAAAUCGUUAAACCAGUUCGUUUUCUAAAAUGAACUCUUUGGGGAAUCAGAACAUCCCCAAACUCCUCCCAGUCCUGCAAGGCAAUAGAAUUUGCUCAAAAGUGUUUCUCUUCUCGGUAAGGUCAUUCAUUCGAUGUAAGUGGAUGUUCUGUGGUUGGGGAAAGUGACUGUUUGAAAUGCCAGUGUAAAUAUUCAGUAAAUGGGAUGCUAAAUUUCAGGGAAAUUGUAAUAUCCGCUUAUUUAAGAGACUGAGUUUUUGGGAAGAGAUGACUAAGAUUCUUAGCCAAUGUGGGAACCUGAACUUAAGUGCUCUCUGGUAACGGAUGGGCCCUCAAGGCACACAGAAUCUGGGCUCCCAGUACCUCCUCCGAAAGACCAAACCAGAUUCCUCAUGUACCUCUGAAAUAGUUUGCUUGCGGGAGGUUGACAAGUAGAACUAUCAUUUUAAGCUUUGUAAAUAUUACAAAUAAUUUUCUAAAAGAGCUAUUUACUUACAAUGACCUUAAAAACUGAUUUUUUUUAAAAGGGAUAUUCUCUCUUUAGAAAAGCUUUCCAGUAUAUUUAAUAAAUGAACUUGAACGCCCAGUUCAGCUUUGGCUUAAGUUGUGCUUUUUAUGGUCUGUGUUUAUUUUUGAUAUACAUGGAAUGCAGUUUAGCUUGGUAUUAUACAAUUCUAAAUACGUGAGCAUAUUGGCAAAAACUGCACAGUUGUAAUGACAUUCAUAUAGCAAUUGUACUGCACAAUUCAGUGAUUGUAAAGUAUUCUGUAACAAUCAAUGUUUGUCUCCUAUUUUUUGAUACCUCUUACACUUAUGUCUUUUAGAAAGACAGUAUCUCUAUGCUUUUUGUAUUUUUACUGAGUGAGUGUAAAUAUUUGUUAUAUUUUUGGUUAAGAGAAUGUUUAAAAGUACUGUUUAUUCUCCAAUCU